AUGGAAUCUGAGGGAAAUUUUUUUCCAAAUGCUCCAAUCAUCUUUGAUGGAGAAAAUUACGAAAUUUGGGCAAUCAGAAUGGAAGCCCACUUGGAUGCCCUUGACCUUUGGGAAGUCGUGGAGGCGGAUUACGAAGUUGUUCCGCUGCCUGAAAAUCCCACCAUGGCUCAAAUAAAAAACCAUAAGGAGAGGAAAACCAGAAAAUCAAAGGCCAAAAAUUGUUUAUUUUCUGCUGUUUCAAACACUAUUUUCACCAGAAUUAUGUCUCUCAAAACAGCUAAGCAAGUUUGGGAUUAUAUGAAGGAGGAGUACGCUGCUGGCGAUGAUAGGAUUCGAGGCAUGAAAGCUCUCAAUUACAUAAGAGAGUUUGAGCUGCAAAGGAUGAAGGAAUCAGAGACAGCCAAAGAAUACUCUGAAAGGCUGCUUGAUAUUGUCAAUAAAGUAAGGUUACUUGGCACUUCCUUUGAUGAUUCUAGAAUUGUCCAGAAAAUGUUAGUUACUGCUCCUGAAAAAUAUGAAGCAUCGAUCACCACUUUGGAGAAUACAAGGGAUUUGUCCACAAUCACCUUGGCAGAAUUAUUAAACUCUUUUCAGGCUCAAGAACAGAAAAGGUCUAUGAGGCAGAAUGGUUUUGUUGAAGGAGCUCUUCCCGUCAGGCAUCAUGAAGAUAAUGAGUUUCAAAAGAAGCAAGCUGUUUCAAGUGAUGAGCACAUUACUAUUGAUUGCAAUCGUAGCAAAGGUGGAAGCUCAAAAGAAUAUCCUCCUUGCAAACAUUGUAACAAAACAGGCCAUUCACCAUUCAAAUGUUGGAGGAGGCCAGAUGCAAAAUGUAAGAAGUGCAAUCAACUUGGACAUGAAGCUAUAACUUGCAAAAACAAGAAGCAAGUAGCAGAUGCACAAGUUGCUGAUCAAAAUGAAGAAGAUCAUAUUUUUGUGGCAACAUGUUUUUCUUCUAAGUGCAGUUCAUAA